UUGUGAUCAGGCGAUAUGGUGGGCACCUUUCGCCGUGAGGACCUUAGAGGGUCCUUCCGCCGCGAAUGUCGUUCGGCGCAUUGUGCGACAUUAACACACACACUUGUGUUCUCUGCUGAGUUGACAGCUGCUGUCCACAAUCUUGUUCUUAGUGUCACUAUGUCUUACUGUCUCAGUUUGACCCGGUUCGGUAUCACGUCCUUGUCCGCCAGAGUCACUCGGAGUGUAGUACCGCCGUCCGUACGAGGGCUGAGCGGUUGUGUCUCACGCUCCUUCACACGGGAUCAGCAGGUUGAAAAACAGCAAAAGUGGAGCAGUCGGCCCAAACUGUGGGGUCCUCAGCAGACGUUCCUUGGGCUCCAGCGACAGUCUUUCUACAGCACGCAGGAGGCGGAGAAGGAGACCGAGGAAGAGCCUUUGCAUACUAUCAUCAGCGAUUCUGAGAGCGUGCAAGGAAGCUUCUCCAAACAUGAAUUUCAGGCAGAGACCAAGAAACUUCUGGACAUUGUUGCCAGGUCCCUUUACUCAGAGAAGGAGGUUUUCAUCAGGGAGCUCAUCUCCAACGGCAGCGAUGCACUGGAGAAACUGCGACACAAACUGAUAACCGCAGGCGGCCAGACGGCUCCCAUGGAGAUCCACCUGCAGACGGACGCUGCCAAGGGCACCUUCACCAUACAGGAUACAGGAGUAGGGAUGAACCAAGAGGAGCUUGUUGCAAACUUGGGAACCAUCGCACGCUCGGGUUCAAAGGCUUUUUUGGACGCGCUGCAAAACCAGGCGGAGGCCAGCAGCACCAUCAUCGGACAGUUCGGCGUGGGCUUCUACUCGGCCUUCAUGGUCGCCGAUCGCGUAGACGUCUACUCGCAGUCGGCCGAACCCGGCUCGCCCGGAUACAAGUGGUCUUCUGACGGCUCGGGGGUCUUUGAGAUUGCCGAAGCCAGCGGCGUCCAGGCGGGUACAAAGAUGGUGCUGCACCUCAAAGACGACUGCAAGGAGUUUGCCUCUGAGGACAGAGUGAAAGACGUGGUGACCAAGUACAGCAACUUUGUCAGCUUUCCCAUUUUCCUCAACGGUCGCAGGCUCAACACCCUGCAGGCGUUGUGGAUGAUGGAGCCCAAAGAAAUCAGCGACUGGCAGCACGAGGAGUUUUACCGCUACGUGGCGCAGGCGUACGACAAACCGCGCUACACCCUGCACUACCGAGCCGACGCCCCACUCAACAUCCGCAGCAUCUUCUACGUACCUGAAACGAAGCCUUCCAUGUUUGACGUGAGCCGGGAGAUGGGCUCCAGUGUGGCGCUCUACAGCAGGAAGGUUUUGAUCCAGACCAAAGCGACUGACAUUCUGCCCAAAUGGCUGCGCUUCCUUCGAGGUGUGGUGGACAGCGAAGACAUCCCGCUCAAUUUGAGUAGGGAGCUGCUGCAGGAGAGCGCCCUCAUUAGGAAGCUCCGUGACGUCCUCCAGCAGAGGGUGAUCCGCUUCCUGCUGGACCAGAGCAGGAAGGAGCCGGAGAAGUACAACAAAUUCUUCGAGGACUACGGCCUCUUCAUGCGCGAGGGCAUCGUCACCACCCAGGAGCAGGACGUCAAGGAAGACAUCUCUAAGCUGCUCCGCUACGAGUCGUCGGCGCUGCCGGCGGGCCAGCUCACCAAUCUGACGGAGUACUCCUCGCGCAUGAAGGCGGGGACGCGCAACAUCUACUACCUGUGCGCCCCUAACCGCCAUCUCGCCGAACACUCGCCUUACUUUGAGGCUAUGAAGCAGAAAGACAUGGAGGUGCUGUUCUGCUACGAGCAGUUCGAUGAGCUCACCUUGCUGCACCUGAGGGAGUUUGACAAGAAGAAGCUCAUAUCAGUGGAGACUGACAUCGUGGUGGACCACUACAAGGAGGAGAAGUUUGAGGACGGCAAACCCGCGUCCGAGCGCCUGACGCAGGAGCAGGCCGACGACCUGACGGCGUGGAUGAAGAACGCGCUGGGCCCUCGUGUCACUAACGUCAAGCUAACUCCUCGGUUGGACACGCACCCCGCCAUGAUCACCGUGCUGGAAAUGGGCGCCGCGCGGCACUUCCUGCGUACCCAGCAGCUUGCACGCAGCGCCGAGGAGAGAGCUCAAAUAUUGCAGCCCACAUUGGAGAUCAACUCCGGACACAACUUGAUCAAGAAGUUGCACGCACUGAAAGACUCCGACAACGAACUUGCCACACUAUUGCUUGAACAGAUUUACGAUAACGCCAUGAUCACGGCAGGUUUGAACGACGAUCCCCGGCCGAUGAUUUCCCGCCUCAACGACUUGCUGACAAAAGCUCUGGAAAAGCACUGAGCUUUUUAAAAGUACUUUUGACAGACUUUAGUGGCUCUGAAACGGGACUUGGAUGUUUUUGAGCCCCAUGAAAAAUGACAAUGGAAUAAGCCACCAAAUUCCUGAAAAGAUUGGAAUAUUUACUCCCAAAAAAUAACAUUACAGAAGCAACGUCCUCUAGUGUUCGUGUCUGAAGACGGAGAGUCAAAAUGCCCGCAUCGCAAGUGGAGGGAUGAGAACGUCCGCGCUGUCUGCAACGGCGUCCGGGGUAACACGUGGCGUCCCCUUUCCAAGUGACUCCUCCCGCUUUUCGACCAGUCUUGUUGAAAUCCGGCAGCUCCGUCGCCGGGGAACGUCAGGAUAGUUUGUCUAUGUUUGCCAGGAAGCGCUGGGCCCACCACUCGUCCAGAUCGAUGGGCACAAAGUCUGAGAAGACCAGAAUGGAAAAGGAAACAUCACAUUUGAAUAUGGUGGAAAUAAAAUGUAUUACAAAAUGACAAAACCAAGUUUAUUGUGUCAGAAGUACAGUGGUACCGCUACACAUGAAUUUAAUUCGUUCCAGGACCUGGUUUGUAAAGUGGGAUUUUCCAUAGAACACAUUAUAAUUCAAUUAAUUCGUCCCACAACCCAAAAACUAGAGAUGUCCCGAUCACGUCAUUUUCAAAGUAUCGGAAUCGGCAAAUAAAUAUAGGCCAUGCCUUUAAUAUAUAUACAGUAUAUUUUUUAAUUAAAUCGUUUUCUAAUUGUACUUAACGUUACAGAUAUAUGUUACACUCAUCCAGUCUCUUUAGUUUAAGCUUAAGGUAGGGUUAUCAAGUAUAUCCCAAUAACAGCGGUAAUUAAUUAAAAAAAAAAAAAGUAUCACGUUAAAAUAUUUAAUGCAAUUAAUGCAUGCGCUGCACGACCCACUCACGCAUUGUCGCGCUCAAUCUGUAAUGGCGCCGUUUUACCUAUAUAGAGAGCUAAAAGGCAGCGUAAAAUGAGUGAAUUUUGGCAGCCUUUGGAGCCUUUCCCAACGCAGGGAAGAUAUAUCAAUUGGUAGCACUACGCACAGUCAUGGUUCCACUUCCCAUCAUGCAUUUGGGCAUGGCUACAGUAUCAUUUACUGAAAGCUCAACAAAUACACUGGAUGGCAAUAUUUAGUCACAAUAUACAAAGUCACAUUUAUCCUUUAAGAAUUACAAGUCUUUCUAUCCGUGGAUCCCUCUCACAGAAAGAAUGUUAAUAAUGUAAAUGCCAUCUUGAGGAUUUAUUGUCAUAAUAAACAAAUACAGUACUUAUGUACUGUAUGUUGAAUGUAUAUAUUUGAGUUUUAUUCAUUUUUUUCUUAAUGCAUUGCCAAAAUGUAUAUGAUCGGGAAAAAUUAUCGGGAAUGAUUGGAAUUGAUUCGGGAGCAAAAAUAAGCAAUCGGGUCGGGAAAUAUCGGGAUCGGCAGAUACUCCCAACUAAAACGAUCGGGAGCAAAAAAACAUGAUCGGAACAACCCUACCAAAAACCUAUGCUAAAUCCUUAAUAAAUACUGCAGGUACAGUUACAAAUAGCAAUUACACAUCGUAAAACAAAUUAUAAACAGAAAUCGGAAUAACAAUGUAACAAAUCAAGUUCUAGAAGCAGCUGUCGAGUAAGUAAUUGAUUUGUUAGUUCACAGCAUAUUCAUAUUUCAAAUUUCAAGGUUUUUGCUUUUUAUUUUCUGAUCUAAAUUAUUAUGAAUCAUUUUAUAUUAAUCAUUUUAUCUCGUGGCUCUUCAUGUGAUGUAAGGCACUUCGAAUUGCGUUGAAUUGUGCUGUACAAAUAAAUUUGCCUAGUUCGAAUAAUGGCGUAAUCAGAUUAAACAUUUAAUGCAUUGCAGAAUAAAUUUUAGAUGUAAAACGAAAGAAACAAGUGUUUAUGCCUGCUAUAUCAUUUAUUUUGACUUGCUAAUCAAAAUUGCACUUUUAAAAAAGCAUUAAAUGCGAAUACAAAAUUAAAUACAGGUACAGGAUACAGGAGAUUUCGACUUCACGACGCCAGAGUCUCAGCUGCCAUUUUGUCUCCAGUCCUUUUUUUUUUUUUUUUUUGGCCGCAUAAACGGAUUGUACCUCACAGUAUCUUCAUUGUUUUACUAAACAUUAUUAUUAUGAUGUGAUGUGUUCUGUCCUCACUAAACGUGAAGUCGUUUAGCUUGACAGACAGCAAACAAGGCAGUUAUUUUUGAAGCUUUUUCUUUCCACUUUUGACAAUUUGUAAAGCUGUAGCACACAUGUACAUGUAGCACACGCUUAUGUUCAAAACGACAUGCAUUUUAAACAAUAAAACAC